GAAUACCAGAACACGUUCUCUCUCUUUCUCUCGUUGUGGUAAGAAGAAAACUGAGAUACGAAAGAGGAAAUGACGAGGAGAAUCGGAACUAAAAAUUGUACCGACGUCCGAUCGGAGCUCCUGUUUGCGCUGGAGACGGAGGAGGGUAUUAUGGGCAACCACGACUAUAUCUCCGAACUUCCCGACGAGUGCUUGGCUUAUGUUUUCAAAUUCCUCGGCUCCGGCGACAGGAAAAACGCCUCCCUUGUCUCCAAACAGAUGCUGAAAGUCGAGAGACAGAGCCGCCGUCGGCUGACUCUCAGCGCUGCCCAAUCGGACCUCCUCCCCUCCCUGCUCUCCCCCUUCGACGCCGUCACCGAGCUCGUCAUCCGAUGCCACCGCAGCUCCAUCAUCGACGCCGACGACAUGCUGAUUCUGAUCGGUAAGCACCGUGGUAAUAACAGUAUUGAGGAACUAGUCCUAACUGGUGUGAAUGUGAGUUGUAUCGGCCUCGAAUCAGUGGCUAGGAAUUUCCCAAAAUUGGAGCGGUUGACUUUAUGUGGGAGAAGUAAGACGAGGAUUGGGGAUGCAGAAAUCUCGUGUGUUGCUUCGAAUUGUGUGGGGUUAAAGAAGCUGUGUAUCAAAGGGUGUCCCGUAACGGAUCAGGGGAUUAAAGCUUUUGCAUUGGGGUGUCCUAAUUUGGUGGAAAUCAAGGUUAAAAAGUGCAAGGGAGUGACGAGUGAGGUUGUACAUUGGUUGCUGGUAAGGAGGGGAUCGUUGGUGGUGAAUUUGGAUGUGGGUGAGAUUGGAGUUGGUGGGUUGGAGUUGGAUUCUGAAAGUGAUGGAAGUGAUGGUGGUGGUAUACAAGAAAAUGGUGUGGACAUUCCACCAAUGGUGCUGAGCCGCCAAGUCAGUGAAUGGUGGCCGCCAGUUUUCAGGAGCUGCACAUUAUCCUGAGAUACGACUCUCUCUGGGGUUUGGUCCGGUGUCUCACCAAAUUUCUUCCCCAAAUCUCAAAUUAACCAAGGGAUCUUGGAGCAUUCUUCUCCUAAAGUCGAGUUCUAGCCUUUGAUCGCGUUGGAAAGCUCGGAGGAGGUGUUUUCGGGAGAGGUUUUGCCUGGGGAUUCUUGGGGUAUUAAUUUCAACCUUCAAGGGAUUGCCAAGAACUUGAAGAAGUACGGCAAGAAGUAAGAAGCGGAGGACCAAGACGUGUCGCUGCUGUUGAGCGGGCAGGACCGUGAGAAGCGGAAGAUGUUGAAGGAAGAAUGGGAGAGAUGGGUUUUGGAGUGGAAGCGAUUACACGAAGAAGAGAAAUCAGACAAGCAGUGGCUUAACACGAAUCGCUUGCCUUUGUUAAAAGCACGUUGUAUUAUGGCUGUAGCAUGAAUGGGGUUUUGUUGUUGCAUUGUUGGUCAACUUGUUUUCUUCCAUGAAGUACACAAUUUAUAAAACUUGUUCAAAUAAGCUCGUUAAGGAAAACAAGUUCAAAACCA